UCAGCUCAGGCGAGCGCGCACACACAUCAUCAUUCAGAGGUGCUGCGCGAGACCGGACACAACGCACUGCCGCUCCGCUGAUACUGGAUUAACAAACCUGAUUGUAGAAGAAGCACACAAGAAAGUGGGACAAAGUUAUGGAUGAAAGAAUACCGAGAAUGCAGGGCAGACAGUUCCUGGAUCACGCGGAUUUCUUGGGGGUUGAAUAUUCGUCUCUCUACAUGUGCAAAUCCAAAAGAGGAGUGAAGAGAGAGGAAGGAAAGGACGCGUAUAAGUUACCACACAGACUGAUCGAGAAAAAGAGGAGGGACCGAAUAAAUGAAUGUAUUGGGCAGCUGAAAGAUUUAUUACCGGAACAUCUGAAGCUUACGACGCUAGGUCACUUGGAAAAAGCGGUAGUUCUCGAGCUGACGCUGAAGCAUUUGAACGCUUUGACAGCUGUCACAGAGCAACAGCACCAGAAGAUCAUCGCUUUGCAGAACGGGGAGCGGUCGUUGAAGUCCUCCCUCCAGGCUGACUUAGAUGCGUUCCACUCAGGCUUUCAUGCAUGUGCCAAAGAAGUCCUGCAGUAUCUGAACAAGGUGGAGAACUGGACGGCGCGUGAGCAGAUGUGCACGCGACUCAUCAACCACUUACACAAAGUUUCCGCGCAGUUCCAGCCGGGCGCAGGGAUCCUGCAGCGGCCGUUGCCAGGCGACGACGCUCCAGAGCGGGAUGCGCAGAGAGAUACUCAAGCUAACUGCGUCCCUGUCAUCCAGAGGACUCAGAACCUUGAGCUUAACGAGAACGACACGGACACCGACAGCGGAUACGGAGGAGAGGCAGAGAAAGGUGAUGGCAAAUGCGAGAAAGUAUGUGACACGGCCAAAGGAGUUAAGAUCAAGCAGGAGUUCGGAGAUGAACGUGUCACCAAAAAAGCCAAAAUGAACUGGUCCACGAACGGCGGGUCAGAUUCCACCAAUACUCGGCCGGACGUGGCGUUAAUGAACUCUUUAAUGGGAAUGGCGGGUGUUGGUGGACAACAGACUCCCUUUUGCAUGCCGUUUUACUUCAUAAACCCGUCUGCAGCAGCAUCGUACAUGCCUUUGUUUGAUAAAAGUCACUUGGAGAAGUUGGUGUAUCCAGCAGCAGCAGCGGCGGCGCUGACCACCCCGUUCCCGUGGCUUUACCCCGGGAUUCCCACGCACGCCUCCGCUGCAGCCGCGGCUGCCGCUGCCAUCGCUUUCCCCAAUGCGCCCACCGAUAAAACCUCUGGAUUUAAUGCAGCAUCCUUAAAAGACGACGAGCCGCCGUCUCCUGAUGGUGACCUGUCCAACGAGGCCGACCUGGCCUCUCCUUUGUCUGGGGAUCAUCAUGGCUCAGAGAACGAUGCCAUUCAUCAGCCCCAAAGAAAUGAAAAUGAUGGUACAUAAAGCUGAUCUUUUGCCCUUUGAGUGCACACUAGUUUGCUUGUAAAAUUGCUAUUUAUCUGUUUAUCUUAAUUUAAUUGUCUUAUUGAGUAUUUACUAUAGUGUUUCUAUGGAUUUCCAAGCAAAGGCUGUUCAUUUAUUUGUUUUUUUAGCAUUAUUAUGAGGACUCAAAAUUUCAAAACAAAUUGGUUUAUCUUUUUUUAGGGGAGAUUGGGGGACAUUGUAACAGCCAGUGCCUUUUGCACUGAUUCCUUGAGAUAUUUGAAUGAAAAUCCAAUUGACGGCAACGUUUUUUUUUGUCUCGCCAUCCAAUGGUGUAUUAGUAUUGACCGAAAAUGUGUGAAAUCUCAGACUUUGCUCUGGGCUUUUUUUCGUUGUUGUAGUUGUCUUUUUUCAUUUUUGCUGAAGAAACUUAGUUUAGCGCAGUACGUAUUAAUCUUCUUUAAGCUAACGAACGGCGCUUAUCCUAGCGGAACGUUCCUUUCAAAGAUUUGGAAGUCGCAUAUUGGACUCUUGGAUGUAAUGUUUGAUAUUGACCUCAAGCAGGCUGGUGUGACUGCUGCAGUAUUUGUCAGAUAUAUAACUUUCUAUUAUAGUACGACUGGAUUUCAGUUGUAUUUUGCUCUUUUCAAAGUUCAGUGCUUGAAAGAGUUACCUACAUACCUCAACAUACCAUAGUGUUUGGGCCAGGACUCAUUUCUUAGAGAUGCUCCUCUGGUAGGGGUGGUGACGAAAUGUUUCGAGCUAUUUUUUAAUUGGACAACUGGUGUAAGCGACAACCCUCUGAUGUAAUAUUACAGCAGUCCCCGUCUCUCUCUCCCUCUCCCAAACAAUUAGUCUGAAUCUCUUGUGAAGGAAAUCAACACUCCAGAUCAGAAUGGCAGGUACAAUCACCUGUCAAUCAUCACUGAGAGUGCUUUGCCAACAAUCUGACAUCAUUGUCCUGUGUCACCUCUAGCAAAAAUGUACAAGGUAUAAUAGCACCUUAUGGAACUUUGAUAUUGAAUGUAAUCUGUGUUCUUUUGGUAGAUAUAAAAGUUUGUACUGUAUAUAUUCUGAUAAAAGCAGUUAUUUAAUCCAGAGGUAAAGUGCACUUUUUCUUGCCUUCUCAGUUUCCUAUAACACAAUCCUCACUCUUCGUUUUUAAGCCAAUGCCCUUUGAACUCAAACUAUGAUAUGUUUUUCUUAAGGAAAUCUUCUUAAAUACAAGGCAAGUGUUGGAAUAUAUGUAUCUAUAAAUGUAUGACAUCAUAAUACUCUUGAGCUGGUAUAUUCAAACAUGUGAGCUGGCUCAUUUUAGUCUGAGACAGAUGUUGAAAAGUAUGUAAGGUAAAACCUUUAAAGAGAUGUGAUUAUAUCAAAAGUGUUUUGCCUUUUCUGAAAUAUUGUCACUAUUCAUGACCUCAAAGCUAAAUGCGUUUGGGUCAUGCUGUGUAUUGUACAAAUGUUGUGGAGCACUGUAAAACAUGACAUGAAUAAACAUGUAAACGGACCUUUUAGAUUGGAUAGAUCUUAACAAUAAGGAGGUCAUGGAGGUUUUAUUGAAUGUGUUUAUUUUUUAGACCUGGGUUUAUGAAUGCAUAGGAAUAGUGAUGUACCAGCUGCCAUUUAUUUCUGUAUUGUAACACAUUUCAUAGGCCCUAUAGUGUCUUUGCCUCAACUGUCAUUUGCCUAAAAAGUGGCAUGUGGAUGUAUAUAGUUUGUGAAUAUGCUGUAUGUUUAAUGUUCAUGUUGUAGAAGAAAUCUAUGGGUUUUUUUAAAGGAUAAACUGAGCGACUGCUGCACAUUUCCUUAAUGCUUUACACAUUUGCUGUUUGAAAUUAUGCAGCUCAGUUGUCAAAUAAACAUAAGCUCAUGUGAACAAAAUGCUAUCACCCCCCUCAUUCAUUUCAGCACCCAAAUGCACAUGAUAGUUAUACAGUACACAGUAAAACACUUGAACAGACUGACAGAAUCAUUCUGACUUCAUUACAGGUCAAAGUACGCAUGUGACACUCAGUCCAUUAGAGUGUUAUCUUCAGUGUGAACCGCCCAGAAACAACCACUUACCUUCAGCUGACAUGUAAACAGGUUUUAUGCAUAAUGAACUAUUAACAAAGGCAGCUAGGAAAAAUAAAAAACAGUUACUCCAAGGAGUCAUCCAUAACAUUUGGAUCAAUAAAUAUUUAUAAGAAGUAUCCUGUGAUUAAUUAAACUGUGGUGAUUUAUUAUUUAUUUAAUGUCAUUAAUCAAAAUGACAAUAAAAUUAAGACUUGAUAGGGCAAAAAAAAAA